AUGCUGGCGGCCCUGGCGGCUGGGUGUGUGGAGAUGGCGUUUGUGAUGAUGGACUGGAACUCUCUAGCCAAGGGUUUCUACCUCAACCUGGGGGCUCAGGACCUGACCCAGUCGGAGGAACGGCAUUGCAUGAAGUUGGAUAGAGAUGCCUUGCAAAGGCUGGCCCAGAGGGGAAAGCACAGCACCGGUCCUCAACAUCUCAUCCAGGCAGUCGCUGUCAACCAGUGUGGGAUAUCCAGCGUACAAGUGUGUGACUUUGUCUGUGACUGCUGGGAUUGUUCAGAUGAAAACCAGUGUGGUUAUCACAAGGUUUCACCUAUUCUGGAAAUCCCUUUCACUUGUGAUUUUGAAGGCAGCACCUGCGGCUGGAAAGAUGUGAGCACCUCAGCUUACAAAUGGAUCCCAGCACAGGCCACCAUCUCAACAGAGGGGACGGAGAUUCCUUUUGACCAUACUUUGGGCACGGAUAUGGGUUGGUACAUGACCACUUCGAAGGAGAGAGGGAAGCCUUCUCUCACAGCCAGGCUUGCAUCCCCACAGAUGAGAGAAGCAGCUGCAACAUGUGAGAUCCGAGCUUGGUAUCACCUGUGGGGACCGGGACUCAAUGAGACUCACCGGCCUAGUUUGACAAUGGAGCUGAUGCAUGCAAAUGGCACCGUGAUACUAUGGCAAAGUCCCCCGAGCAGUGCCCACGCCUGGCGCGAACUGGUUGCGUACACCGGCCGGGUUCCUGGGAUGUUUCAGAUAAUCUUCUCUUCAACUCAAGCCUUCUCUGAAACAGUGGUGGUGGCGCUGGAUGAUGUGGAGUUCAGAAAUUGUGGCCCCCCACAUCACAAGACCUGUGAAGUUGACUGCCAGCAAGGUGGAUGCGUAGGUUUGGACUGGGUAUGUGAUGGGACCGAAGACUGUAGAGAUGGCACAGAUGAAAAAGUCUGUGAUACUGUCAGCCUCUGUUCCUUUGAGACAGGAUGGUGUGACUGGGUGCCUGAGGACAACAAGACCCUUCACUGGGCAAGGAAUUCCACCCUCAACAUGGCCCAGCCUCCCACUUUCCCCACACGGGAUCACAGCACCAAUAGUCAAGAAGGUAACUUUGCUUUUGUCAGCAACAAUCCCCAGAACCCGGAAGGAGGGACAGCGUGGCUGAUCAGCCCCACUCUGGAAACAAAAGACAAAAAUCCCUGUACGCUGGUGCUGUACAUCUACCUGUACAACUCUGAUACCAACAGGCUAAAUAUCUACUAUCGAACAAAUUCAUCAAUGCAACUUGUCAAGAGUCGCUCUGGGGAACUUGGCAACUACUGGUUUCGGGAGCAAGUGGUUUUCAGUGUCCAGGAGACGUUCCAGAUUGUCAUUGAGGGGGUGAUUGGAACGGGACAACCUGGAAGCAUUGCGCUGGAUGAUUUGAUUCUGCCUCAGAAUUGCAUAAAGGAAGCACCAAGUUUUGUCCCUUUCACCCCUGAGCUGGAAACCCCCAGCCCCUGUUCCGUGGACCAGUUUUUGUGCGACAAUAAGAUAUGCAUCAGUGUGGAGCAGACUUGUGACUUUAAGGUGGACUGUGCUGAUAGCUCCGAUGAAGAACAUUGUGGAAUGACAGUGUUCUCCGAAGACACAAGAGGAUGGACGGAUGUCAGCGUGGGGCACCUCGAGUGGUCUGUGCAAAGAAAUAUCACAAGGGCAGAUUCUGUUGGAUACUCUUUUGGCCUGCAGGAAGCCCCGGGACAGAUGUUCUCACUGGCUAGAGCCAUCACACCUGCAUUGGGUCCCUCGGGGCUGGCCUGCGCUGUGGAGAUAGACUUUACCAUUGGGCCUCAAGGGUUCCUUGCACUUGGCGUUACAGACAAGAAUCUGAGAACUCGUCAGACACUAUGGAGUGCUUUGGGAAAUGGCACGACGGUGCAGGCACAGGUCACGGUGCCUCUUGGAGCUAAAGGCAGGCCCUUCCAGCUUGAGCUGUUGGGUCUGGAGAACCUCAAAGAGACCAAUAAUUCCCUUCUGGCCAUCAGGAAGAUUAAGUUUGCACAGUGUAACUCCAGCCAGGCGCUAUCUACAGGGAUGUCCUGUAACUUUGAGACAGACUGGUGCAACUGGUUCAUUGAACAGAGAGAUGGCUUUGAAUGGGAACGGCUUGAGGGUGCAGACCACACUACUGGCAAAGGCUAUUUUCUCUUGGUGGAUCCUUCCGUCCGCAGCUCUCUUGGUUUCCGCGCACGUCUGGCUUCUAACCCCCAAACCCUCCCUGCUGAAGGGCUGUGCCUUUCUUUCUGGUAUCGCAUGGAGGGCCCCCAAAUCGGGACUCUAAACCUGAAGGUGAAGCCUAGUGGAGAACCAGAGCAUAUCCUGUGGACCAGAACAGGGAGCCAUGGGGCUGUGUGGCACCGGGGAUUCUCCAACAUUUCCUCCCAGCCUGCUCAGAAUUAUCAGGUGAUCUUUGAAGUCCUCCGGGAUGGGUUCUUGGGUACAGUGGCUCUGGAUGAUAUCACAACGACACAUGGAGGCUGCAGUGCGCAAAAGCACUGCUCCUUUGAGACUAAUGACUGUGGGGUUUUGAGCAGUGGACAGCACCCAUGGAUACGGCAGACUGGCACAGAAGGACAAGGCCCUCUGACAGACCACACCCUGGGCACACCAAAAGGACACUACAUGAUCCUCAACUGUAGUGUGGAAACCCUGCCACUGGGGCAAAAGGCUACUUUACAGUCCUCACCUUUCCCACCUCUGCUUCACACCCAUUGUGUGAUGUUCUGGUACUACCUGAGCAUCAGUGAUCCAGGGUCCUUGACUGUGUAUGUGGAGCAGAGAGGCACACAAAGCAAGAUGCUGAGCAUCAGCACAAUGCAAGGGGAGGGCUGGCGCUUUAGUAACUUCAGUGUCCAGGUCCAAGAUGAAUGGCAGGUGGUGUUUGAAGUAAAAGGUGCUGGAGGAGGUCUCACCUCUUACACUGCUGUGGAUGAUCUUCAUGUGAUGGAAGGGGCCUGCCCUAAAUCAGGGUCUUGUGAUUUUGAGUCGGGCAUGUGCGGAUGGAGCAAACCCCAUGGAGACUGGUACAGCUGGGACUGGAAGGAAGGGGUCACGUCUCUGCGGUCCCCAUCCCCCAAGGAGGACCAUACCCUUGAGACUGAAGCAGGUCACUAUGCUUACGUUGACACUGGAGCGCUGGGGAUGGGCAGGAGUGCAGCUCGUCUGAUGAGCGAACACCUUCCAGCUACCACGGGCUCCUGCCUACAAUUCUAUUACCACAUGAAUUUCAUGGAGGAAAACUCCCAAGCACAGCUCGAGGUGAAACUCUUCAGCCUGCAAGGCGAAAGAACAGUGUGGAGUGCCACUGGACAUCAAGGCCGGACUUGGAUGAACCAAACGCUCUCUGUGUCGAGCCUCACCGAAUUCCAGAUUGUGCUGGAAGCCACAAGUGGAGCAUGGCCAACCUCGAGUACCAUUGCUGUAGAUGAUGUCUCAUAUACAGCUAGCUCCAACUGUAGUCCCAUCCAGAACAGGGAGCAGGAAAAAGGUAACAGCAAGACAUCAGUGGCAGGGUUGGCAGCUGGCAUAGUGUGUUCCAUUGUCCUGGUGGUGCUCGGAGCAAUCGGUGCCAGCUCUUGCAGGAAGAAGUGGAGAACACCGAGAGGCGGCAGAAUAGAGGAGAGUGCCAGCAUCCAGAGUUUUGACAACAUGACCUUUCGAGAGGAUGUGUUCAUCAUUCCACGGUUCCCGGAGGAUGAAGAAAUACAGUAGAAUGCUUUCUUCCUGCUGAGCAAGCGGAAUGAACAGAACUCUCUGGCUUGUGCUUGGUGACACAUUCUAUCCUUCUGGACAGCCCCCACCCCACCCAAUGUGGACCUCACCUUCCCUUUCCACCCAGCCUUCUGGGGCCCUAAUGCUUUGGAAAAAAAUGGAGUCUUCCUCUGGAGCAUUUCAGCCAAACACAACUUGGACUAGCUCAUAUUUUGGCCAAUACAAUUGUUUUUUUAGCUUCAGCAGCUGGGUUCAUUGUCAUGUUUGAAGGAAAUAAAGCACAGGUGUCAAUCUUGUGGCCCUCCACAUGUUAUGGACUACAGUUCCCAUCAUCCCCUGCCAGCAUGAUGCUGGCAGGGGAUGAUGGGAACUGUAGUCAGUAACAUCUGG